AUGAAGCACCUCUUCUUCCUCUUCUGUGUCCUGCAGCUCUUUGCUGGUGCCAUUGCCGUGUACAAGCAGUGGAUCCCCAACACUAAUUUUGAAACCGCCUCCAACUGGGAUGAAGGCAGAGUCCCCUGUGCCAGAGACAUGGUUCAUUUUUUGAAGAACAAGGUCAUCUCAGUCUUUGUCAGUUCUCCCCAUGCGCUGACAGACAUGUACCUGCCCCUGAAUGGAGAAUUCGUGCUGGCAUCUGGUGCAGGAUUCACAGCCUUCGAUGGCAGCUGGGAUCCAGGCUGUGACUCAGGUGCAGCAGUCAGGUUUGCAGAUGCUGAGCACCACACGUGGUUUGACCCCACGUUGUGGCAGGCUGUGUCCCAUGGUGAGGAGCUGGAGGCAAACAGGCACAUCUUUUCUGUGGAUGAGGAGCGUGUCCCGUGCCAGUACGACGAUGUUAUCUUCCAGCCUGAAACCUCCUUCCAGAUAAACAUCAACUCAUCACAGAAAGUGAUUCAUCUCCGUAGCAUCUCUCUCAUGGGACAGGAGCUCAGCAGCCCCGAGGCCUGGGCUGGGUACCUGCAGGGUCACUCCGCCCCACUGCAGUUUCAUGGCAACGGCACUCUCCAAGUGACAGGCACUCGCUGUCCUGACAAGUCCGGCUGCGCCUGCGGGAACGCCCCGGAUGGCCACCGCAUUUGUUCAGCCCUUCUCAGAGCGUCGGGGGGUCGGUGCCCGGUGCCAGCGUGCCAGAACCCUUUGCAGCCCCUUGGCCACUGCUGCAAGGUCUGCGGAGCCACUAUUAACCUGGACUUCACUCCUGAUUUUGACCUGCAGAAGUACCAGGAUAGACUGCUGCAAGUCUUGCUGAGCCAGCCCAAGUACACCAGCGUGCGGAUGGCCAUGUCCAAGGUGCACAACGUACAGACCUUCCUGGGAGUCAUUACCCGAAGCUCCACUCCUCUCAUCCAGAUUGUGCUGAUUGAUGGAGCAGGAGUGCAGCUUGGUGCCACUGUGGAGCAGCUGGCAGCAGACAUCAUGGAGGACAUAACACAGCAUGGUGAAGCGCUUGGCAUUUCAGCUGGCAGAAUGGAGGUGUCCACCAGCGGCACCUUCAGUGGGCAAACUGGAAGCCACAGUUUGAGCAGGAUCACAGCAGGGACAAUCAUGGGGUUGCUUUUUGGUCUCCUGCUCCUUGGAGGGAUCCUUUUUCUCUAUAGAAAGGGAAAUCUAAGGUCUCUCCCCAGGUUGCCUGUCCUGCGCUUCCCCCAGCCCUGGGACAGAAUGGUGGAGCUGGAGUCAGACAGCGACAGAGGCUUCGACAAUCCCAUGUUUGAUGUGGAGACACCAAGCACUGAACCUGGAGAGGAGACACUGCAGGAGAUGGCUCCUAAAGACCAGAUCUUUUACAUCAACCCUCUGUACGAUGCAGGGAAGAUGGAGACCUAA